AUGGGCGACAACGGGGCGUCGGGAAGUGGCAACCAUGGCGUGCGUGAGAGCUCGCUGGUCUGGCCGAUGCUGGACCAGGCGAACUAUGCGGAGUGGGCGAUGCUCGUCCAGUGCAAUCUGGAGGCGUUGGAGAUCUGGCAUGUGAUUGAUCCGGGCACCAAUGUCAAGAGGUCGCAAGAUCGCCAAGCCAUGAGCGCGCUCCUGCGCUCGGUGCCGAAGGAGAUGUGGCAGAUGCUCGGCAACCACAAGACGGUGAAGGAGGCAUGGGAGGCGGUGCAAACCAUGCACCUUGGCGCAGAUCGGGUGAAGGAGGUGAACGCCCAAAAGCUGCUCCAGGAGUUCGAGAACAUCGCCUUCAGAGAUGGCGAGACCAUUGAUCAAUUCGGCAUGCGCAUCACCAAUCUUGUUGCCAACCUCCGCACGCUGGGUGAAACGGUGGAGGACGCCUGCGUCGUCAAGAAGUUCUUGCGCGUGGUGCCUUCACGUUUCACGCCGGUGGUCGUGUCGAUCGAGAUGUUCUGCGACAUUAAAACCAUGAAGGUGGAGGAGCUCGUGGGGCGCCUGCGUGCGGCGGAGGACCGGCUCGACGUCAAGGUCGAGCACAUCAUCGACAAGACGGGACGACUCCUGAUGGCCGAGGAGGAGUGGAUGGAGAAGCACAAACAUCGGUUCCAUUCGGGGCCGAAAGAUGGCGGCGGCGGCGGGUCUAGUGGCGGCCAGUCAAAGGGCAAGGCGGUGGCGCGCUCAGAUGGCCGUGCCUCGGCUCUGGUCAAAUUGACAUCCGAGGGCACGCCCAGACGGAAGGGGCGCUGCCGUAACUGCGGGAUAUAUGGUCAUUGGGCACAAGACUGCAAGCGCCCGAAGAAGGAGAAGAAAGAGCCGAAGAACGCGGAGGCGAACGUCGCCGUGGACGGCGGUGAUCCGGCUCUCAUGUUGGCGACGUGCGACGUCGCGGUGGCGGGCAGAACGACGCAGAUCAUGCACCUGGCGGAGAACGUGGUGCCGGCGGACGUUCCGGACGGCUUGUGGAACAAGCUCUCUGAUAGAUCAAGCAAAAUGAUCUUUAUUGGGUAUGAAACAGGAACAAAAGGCUACAGAUUCUUUAACCCUGCUACUAGCAAAUUGGUUGUGAGCAGGGAUGUCAUUUUUGAAGAAAACAAGCCUUGGGAUUGGACCAAUGCACAGAGCAGUACAGUUCAACAGCCUUCAGAAACUUUCGUUGUGCAUUAUAAGGAAACUGACACAAAUCCGACAAUGGGAAAUGACACUGAAAAUGCAGUGCUUCCUGAACCAGAUGCAGUUGGGCAUGGACCAGCUGAUCAAGGGGGUGUUGUGGGUCCAGAAGAAGCAGCACCGAAUUCUCCAAUCACUCCAAACUCCAGUGCAGCACCAAACUUUGGGUGGGCAACACCACAGAUUCACUUGACAAAGUCAAGGUUCGGACCACCAGAUUCGUAA